GUGGGGGGUCCCGCCGGUGCGGUCUGAGGUCGCGGGGCGGGGGCAUUUCGCGGCUGAGUCGUACGACUCGAACGCGGUGCCUUGGGCGCCUUCGGGCACCCGCGAUAGUUCGCGGGGUGUCCCGUCUCUCCACAGAGGACGCAGCUAGGCGGCUCUGUGCAGAGUGAGAGGUCCUUCGGGCGAGGACAUUCGGGGGUGCCGUGGUUACCCAGGCACUUGACGCACCUGGGCUUGGCGAAACAAUUGCGGGCAGAGUGCCCAUAGAGUUGGCAGCGAUGACACUGCCCUGGGGGACCGCGCUUGUGCGGGACUUCGACACGGAUGCCGGAAAGUUGGCACAGUGUUUUUAUACUAAACACUGCCUUUCCAGCGUCCGUCCGUUCUAAAGCCCCCAGUACACAAUGGCCUGUGAUGGGCCACGCUUUGCAAUGCACAAUGGUAGGCCACGAUCACUUGGUGUUCACACAAUGGCGCAUGGCUCAUUGCUGCCUGGCAAACCACUUGCGAUGGACGUCGAAGUAAUUACGGCUGCAGCUAUUUAUUUGUAUACUGUUUACAAGUAUUACAGAAGUGUGUACCGUCACAAAGUUAUUAAAAAGAAAUGGCGAAAAAGGCGAUGGUGGAUGCUGACCAUUCAUCGAAACAGGACAAGGCAAUUCAUGGACAAUCUGUUAAGCGACCUUGUUGCAGAACCAUCAGGGGAAUUCGAUAACUUUGUUCGUAUGUCAUCUAGUGAUUUCGAGUAUAUAUUGCAAAAAAUAUCGCCAAUUAUUGCAAAAAAGGAUACAUAUUGGCGAGAAGCAAUACCUCCAAAAAUAAGAUUGGCAUUGACAUUGCGAUUUCUUGCGACUGGAGACAGUUAUAGGAGCCUGCACUACAAUUUUAAAAUAUCAAGUACACUCAUAUCUAGAAUUAUUCCUGAAGUAUGUUUGGCUCUGAACCAAGUGCUAAAGGACAUGAUUAAGAUUCCCACAAGUCCUGAAGAAUGGCUGACCAAAACGGAAGGAUUCAGCUUUCCACAUUGUCUUGGCGCGAUAGAUGGGAAGCAUAUUACCAUAUUAGCACCAGCUCAUACCGGAUCUGAAUACUUUAAUUACAAAGGAAGUUUCAGCAUCGUUUUAUUAGCCCUAGUAGAUAGUGAUUACUGUUUUUUGUUUGCUGACAUAGGAAGCCAAGGGAGAAUUAGUGAUGGAGGUGUUUUAAAUCAAAGCAAUUUGUGGAAAAAAAUAUGUGAUGGGACCCUUAAUUUACCACCUAGUUGCCCACUUCCUGGAAGUAAUACUAAUAUGCCUUAUGUUUUUCUGGGUGAUGGCGCUUUUGCUCUUAGUACUCAUAUUAUGAAGCCCUUUCCUGGACAUCAUCAGUUGGGUACCCCAGAAAGAAUGUUCAAUCAAGAACUAUCACGUUCUCGUGCGGUCGUAGAGAAUACUUUCGGGAUAUUAUCAUGA